AUGGAAAAUAAAUAUCCAGAAGCAGUUGUAACAGAUGGAGACGGGGCUAUGAGGGAGGCUAUAAAAAAAUUUUAUCCUGAUGCGACCCAUCAGUUGUGUGCUUGGCAUUUAAACAAGAAUGGAGGUGAAAAUGUAAAGAGUUCACAAUUUAUUGAUGGUUUUAAAAAUGCAAUAUACUCAAAUUUUACAACAGAGCAGUUUAAAGAAUUUUGGUGGGAGAUGGUUAAAGAGAAUGAACUUGAAGGAAAAGCUUGGGUUGCCAAAACAUAUGAGAACAAGUCACUCUGGGCUAUUGCAUAUCUACAUGAUAAGUUUUUUGGUUGUAUAAGAACUACAUCUCAGCGUGAAGCUGUCAAUGCAAUAAUCAAGUCUUAUGUACAGAAGAAAGGGUGCAUUUUUGAAUUUAUGCAUAAUUUUGAACAAGCUUUGAGGGAUUACAAAAAUAAUGAACUUGUUGCUGAUUUUAAAUCGAAGUUUUCAGAUCCUGUGUUGACAACUCAUCUUCGUCCGAUUGAAAGCGACGCUGCUAAAACUUAUACAAUAGAGAUUUUUAAAGAAGUAAAAGAAGAAAUAAUGAAGCCUAGUGCAUUAAUUGUAAAGGAGCGAUUAAUAGAAGGAGAAUUGAAAGUUUAUAAGUUGACAAAAUAUUGUGAGGAUGGUUAUGAAAGAGAAGUUGUGUAUGAUCCUUUAGGUAAAACAUUGCGGUGUUCGUGUAAAUUGUUUGACUCUCGCGGAAUUCCAUGUUCACACAUAUUUUACGUCAUCAAAGAAGAGCAUAUGGAUCACAUUCCUCGUAGUGUGGUAUUUCCGCGUUGGAUGAAGGAUGCCAAAAUUGGUUUUCUCAAUAUGGAUUCUAAUGGGGGAGUAUAA